CUCUCCCCUUCUGUCUCCCGCGAAAAUCCAACGGAGCAUCUAUCUUGCUCUCACGGGCUCACACUCGAUCUCAGCCUGUCUGUAACUGGAUAUGCUGCAUUGCUACUAGGGCUCUUAGCUUUUCCAAGAUUAAAAUUGAUUUCGGGUCGGAUCUACCGGACUCCGGUUGAGGAAAAUGAAGCGCAAGGGCGAGCUGAGUUCCACCUCUAAACUGCUCAAGUACGUCCUUGUGAGUCUCAUUGCGCUUCUCGGGUUGGUUUGUUUGUUCUACGGGUCGUCCGUCGCUCCGGGCUCGCGUAGAUCUGACGACGAAGCUCACGGCUUCGACGGAAACGACCCGGUCUUCGGCGGCUUCGUUCGGAAUCACGAUCCCGAAGAUUUGCUUGAGGACCAAGAGCACAAUCCUGAGGUCCCCAAAAGCAUUCCCAUCUGUGAUUUGAGAUUCUCGGAGUUGAUACCAUGUUUAGAUAGGAACCUUAUCUACCAACUGAAAUUGAAGCCCAAUUUGAUGUUAAUGGAGCACUAUGAACGGCACUGCCCACCUCAGGAGCGGCGAUAUAAUUGCCUGGUUCCACCCCCAGUUGGUUAUAAGGUCCCUAUAAGAUGGCCGGCAAGUAGGGAUGAAGUGUGGAAGGCAAAUAUACCCCACACACAUCUUGCACAAGAGAAAUCGGAUCAGAAUUGGAUGAUUGUUAAUGGGGAUAAGAUAAAUUUUCCUGGUGGAGGUACCCAUUUCCAUUAUGGAGCUGACAAGUACAUCAUUUCUCUUGCUAAGAUGCUGAAGUUUCCGGGUGAUAAACUCCACAACGGUGGAAAUAUCCGAAAUGUUUUUGAUGUGGGUUGUGGUGUUGCAAGUUUCGGAGCCUAUCUUCUUCCCCUCGACAUCAUAGCUAUGUCCCUUGCACCUAAUGACGUACACGAGAAUCAAAUACAAUUUGCACUAGAGAGGGGCAUUCCAGCAACUCUUGGUGUCUUGGCUACCAAAAGACUUCCUUAUCCAAGCAGAUCAUUUGAACUGGCUCAUUGUUCACGUUGUCGAAUUGAUUGGCUUCAAAGAGAUGGAAUUCUCUUAUUAGAACUCGACAGAUUACUAAGACCCGGAGGGUACUUUGUAUAUUCUUCUCCUGAAGCGUAUGCGCGUGAUCCAGAAAAUCGAAGGAUCUGGAAUGACAUGUACAAUCUUCUAAAAAGAAUGUGCUGGAGAGUUGUUGCAAAGCAAGGCCAGACUGUUAUAUGGGCAAAGCCACUGACAAAUAGCUGUUACUUGAAGAGAGAACCUCAGACAUUGCCCAUUUUGUGCUCUGAUGAUGAUCCUGAUGCAACUUGGAAUGUGUCCAUGAAGGCGUGCAUCUCCCCCUACUCUGCAAAGAUGCACAAAGAGAAGGGGAGUGGGCUAGUUCCUUGGCCACAGAGGCUUACUGCAGCACCCCCUCGCCUGGAAGAAAUAGGUGUGAGCAGGGAGGAAUUCCAAGAGGACAUUAGCAUUUGGCGUUUUAGAGUUAUUGAAUACUGGAAGCAGAUGAAAUCUGCUACACCGAAGGAUUCCAUCAGAAAUGUUAUGGAUAUGAACUCAAAUCUUGGUGGGUUUGCUGCUGCCCUUGGUGACAAAGAUGUGUGGGUGAUGAAUGUUGCUCCUGUCAGUGCAUCUGCAAGAUUAAAGAUUAUAUAUGAUCGAGGCUUAAUUGGAACUGUUCAUGACUGGUGUGAAGCAUUUUCUACAUAUCCACGUACAUAUGAUCUUCUGCAUGCCUGGACAGUGUUUUCGGAGAUUGAUGAGCGUGGGUGUAGUGCAGAGGAUCUACUGAUUGAAAUGGAUCGAAUGCUACGACCAGAUGGGAUUGUCAUCAUUAGAGACAAACCUUCUGUCAUAAACUAUAUUCGGAAGUUUGUGACUGCCUUAAGGUGGGAUGGCUGGGUAUCAGAAGUUGAACCGAGGAUUGAUGCUCUCUCCUUGAGCGAAGAAAGAGUUUUGAUCGCAAAAAAGAAGUUGUGGGAUGAGGCAAUUAUAACGAUAUGAAUCUGUUUCUGGUCAGGCAAGCGAGCUGCACUUCCGGGACUCUCUCGGCCACCAUGGAAAACGAAGCAUGAGGUGACAGACAAGAGCCAGGAAGCCCAUUUCAGUCGCUGCUUGGGACCAAGAUUUGAAUUUUCCAAUGUCUUCAAGUAUGCGGCAAACGGAUAGAAACAGAACCCUUCUGUGGAAUUGAGUAACCAUGCAGAAAUACAGUGAACGCUGAUAACCAUUACCAUUCAUGACAAGUACAGACAUACAUUCAUAAGUAGAUUAUUUUUGUAUUUA